GCUUCGCUAGAGGGGGGCAUUAUCUUUCCCCUUCGCCCCCUCCUCGUAGAAAUCUGUGACAAGUUCAAGAUUUUGCCCGGCCAGCUUACUCCAAAUGCUCACCGGUUCUUGAAUUGUUUUGUAAAUAUUUGUGAAUCUCUAAAAAUCACCCCUUCUUUGGACCUCUUCCUUCAUAUGUAUGAUGUCUUGCCCGGGACUAUUAAUUGCCCGGGCUUUGUUUACUUCCAUUCCCGUGCCAAUUCUAGGGGUUUUUUGACCGGUCUUCCCCCUAGCCACAAGAAAUGGAAGCAAAGAUUUGUUUUCGUUGAGUUCCCCCCUGACCAAUUUCCACUCUCCAACCGUGAGUGGGCUGCCCGGGUUAUAAAACCUGAAAGGGUUCACCCGGAGCCCACCAAAGAGCUAGAGGAAGCCUGCGAGAAACUUCUCAAGGGUGAUCCUGUGACCGGUAAGCCAUACGCCUAUGGUGGAUGGGUAUACCGGUUACCUAACCCGGAUGGGGGUGCGUCUGCGACCCAUGACGCUGAGGAUAACCGGGCUGAUUCCCGGGAUGGUCACGCUGAGGCUGGCUCUCCUCAUCCAGACAUGAACUUCAACAGGAUGACCACCAUCAUUGAAGAUGACGACGAUGAUGUCCAAGUCCUCCACUCCAACCGGUCUCCUCUCUCUAACUCUCCUUCUCCUCCUCAUUUCCCUGGAAUGGAUGGGGCCACAAGUGCCCGGUGUAGCCCUAUCCAUGAGCAGAGCGAGAAGCUGAAAUCUCCUUCAGCCAGGCAUCAUUCUGAGGUUGACCGGGCUAAUCCCCCCAAAGUCCCGGUCCAAUCAGGGGAGGCUAGCUUAUCAGACAGUGAGGGGGAAACCAUCGAAGAAGCCUUCCUAUCCCUGGCCAAAAAACUCAGCAAGGCCGGGGUCAUUUCAGAGGAGAUUGGCCAAACAUUAAAGGAGAAGGACCAGGUCUCCCAACUCACCCUCCUCCUUGAUUCUGCUAAGUUAGAGAUCAAUAACUGGGCAGAAAGGGAGAGGAGACUUGAGGAAGAGUUGAAGGAAGAAAGGGCCCGGUUUGCCCUUUUGGAGGAGGAAAGGAAGAGGAAGGUUGCCGAGCUCGAGGAUGCGCUGGGCCAGGCUGAAGAAUCUGCCCGGGCAAAGGAGGAAGCCUUUCCCACUGAAGCUGCUCACUGGGCUGCAAGCCAUCACUUGGAAAUUGCCCGGUCAAUUCUCACCACACCGGAAGAAACCAUGGACUUUUUCAAGACCAUGUAUCAAGAACCGGAAGGCAAGAGGAUGAUCACCGAGAUUGGCUCGUACGGCUUCCAGUGUGGCCAGAAGGGUGAGAGGUCCCUCCUUUAUGCCAGACUCCUGAAGAGGGACCCUUCCUUUGACCCGGCCAAGAUGAAGCUCCCGCCCCUAUACAAGGAAGAGCCAGCUCCCCCCUUUCCCCUAGAGUAGGUUAGGGUUUAAAUUCAAAAACUAAAUUUUCCCAAGGCCUGGGGGAUGUCCGGCCUACUUCUGACUUGUGUAAUAUUAUCUUUUGUUUGGCAUGUUUUUCAAUUUACCGGCUUGUUUCUUCUUUCAGUUUGCAUGGUUGAACUCCUUUUCUAUGCAUGGUUAUUGCUUUUCUUUUCUUCUUCUUGAUCGCCUUUGAAUGAACUUCCAAGUCAAUA